GUGACAAUGUCUGAUGCGACAUCAUCAUUCAACGAUACAACAUCAAUGCACAAAAGUAUACUGUUCGUAUGUCUAGGUAAUAUUUGCCGUUCGCCAAUGGCCGAAGCGAUUUUUGCAAAUAUGAUAAAAAAUAGAGGAUUACUCGAUAAAUGGAGAGUUGAAAGUGCUGCAGUGAUUGAUUAUCAUGUAGGUAGACAACCAGAUAAAAGAACACUUGAAACACUCCAAAAAUUUGGUAUCAACGACUACAAACACAAAGCACGACAGGUCGCUUACUCAUAUAAUGGAUACGUUGUCUUGCACACGAAUAUUUUAGAUGAAAACUUAAUCCAAGAAUAUCUAUUUUCGAAUAUUGUUACAACAGAGGAUUUCCGCAAUUUCGAUUUCAUUAUGGGUAUGGACGAGCAUAACAUUGUAGAUUUGAAAGAGAUCGAAAAAUUAGCCGGAAAUGGUAAAGCUUCAGUGGAAAUGUUUGGUAUUUAUGACCCCAACGGUGCAAAUGAAAUACCAGAUCCUUAUUACGAAAAGGGUGUUGGAGCUUUUGAAAAGGUUAAUUUGAUGUGUUUUCAUUUCGUUGUCAUCAAAUAUAGCACUUUGUAUGAGGAACUCCCGGAUAUUAAUUAUUUGAAGUUACUGAUGAAGUAUUUGAACAAUUGUCACGGUGCUGCACAACAUUUCUGGACAAAACUAACUAAUUGGAUAUUGUUAUUGAUCAAGAAGAUGCCUGCAAUGGAUGUGCGCGUAAUGUAUUUGAUACUUCGUUCGGAUCUGAUCAGCCUCUUCAAAUGGCCAUUAGGUGCUGUCGUUACGCAAGGUGCACAUGCGGCCACGGCUUGUAUUUGGGCGUUUAAAGACGAUAGCGAUGUUGUUGAGUACAUGAAAGACACUGAUCAUAUGCGUAAAAUCACUCUCCAAGUCAAAGAUGAGAGUGAAUUGAAAUCAAUCGCGACAGUGCUGCAAGAAAAUGACAUCGACCAUCGAAUAUGGAUUGAGGACGAUAUGCCAGUAUGUAUCGCCGUUAAGCCUCUACCAAAAAAUAUUGUUCAAAAGCACUUAAAGCAUCUCCAACUUUUCUCAUAA